AUGAUCGCAUCUUCGGACGAUCCCUCAGAUUCCUCGCCCGUUACCUUCAACAAAAAUACUGGGGAGGUUCCUCUGGAUGAUAAUGCGGACAAUGAGGAGGAACAAAGGAUUAUGAAGCUGCUUAAAGAGCAAUAUCAGAGUGAUAAUGCCGGUAAUGAAGCUUUACAAAGGGAAUUGCAAGAUUUCAAAGGUCUUUCCAAUAGCCGAAGGUUGAAGAAAUUGGAUGAGUUGGUGAAGAGAUCCCAACUUUUCAGUAGUAUUAUAGCUGACACUCUAUUGGAAAGUAGUUUGGGGGUAUCCGAACCUAAGGACGAACAUUUAGACACCCAAAAGGUGGAUUCCCAUCCAUUACCGGCCCAAAAGAAACGGAAAACAUCAGUCGGGAAGAUGAGGCAGCUCAAAAUUACUGAUAUGUUUGGUAGUUCUUUGCCAAACAAGCAGAUCGUAAAGAAGAAGGAGAGCGUGUUAGCUGCUGCAACGGCUGAAACGAAUUCAUCACAUCCCAUUGGGCAGCCUAAAAUGGUAACAGGCUGUCGAAUGAAAGACUAUCAAAUUACCGGUAUGGAGUGGUUAAUUACGCUAUAUCAGAAUGGAUUAAACGGGAUCCUAGCCGAUGAAAUGGGAUUAGGGAAGACGCUACAGAGUAUUGCGAUGCUCUGUUUUCUCUAUGAACAGAAAAUUACGGGUCCGUUUCUUAUUUGCUGUCCCUUGAGUACUGUCUCUAAUUGGAUUCAAGAGUUUCAUAGGUUCGCACCCGAUUUUAAAGUAGUGGCUUAUGUUGGUGCUAAAGAUAAAAGAGCAAAGCUUAGACGGAAUUUUAGAAGCGUAAGCGUUGUAGUAACCUCCUAUGAAAUUAGUAUAAGGGAUUUCAAAUACUUAGCGAAUAGGGAAUGGAAGUACUUGAUUGUCGAUGAAGGUCACCGGUUGAAAAAUGCAAACUGUCUAUUAAUCCGUCAACUAAAAAGACUUCGAACCUCCAACAGAUUGUUGCUUACGGGCACUCCGUUGCAAAAUAAUUUAGAUGAGCUUUGGUCCUUGCUCAACUUCAUUCUUCCAGAGAUUUUCCACGACAUUGAGAUGUUCCAGCAGUGGUUCGACUUCACGGCAUUUGAGAACUUGAAGGACGAAACCGGAGGAGAAACGUCUGAAAACUUCAAUCAAAUUAUUAGCUUGGAAAUUCAGAAGACUUUAGUAAAGAACUUGCACACAAUUUUGAAGCCAUUCUUGUUGAGACGAUUGAAGAAGGACGUUAUCAGAGGUCUUCCUCCAAAGCGCGAGUACAUUAUUUAUUCCAAGCUUUCAGCCAAGCAGGAGAGGUUCUACAAGGCUGUUCUAUCCAGGAAUUUGUCUGGUAUUCUCUAUAAAGAAAGCUUCAGGGAUUAUCUGGAUGUUAAUGGACUACGCUCGGGCGUUUCCAGUGUGCACUUGGAUGAGUAUGUCGAUUCUCAGCUUCAUGAAGAUUUUCCUAAAAGGGAAAAGGCUUUGGAAGAGUCCUGGAAUUUUGUCCGUAAGCAAGUUGCAGCCAAGAAGUUGCAAAAUGUCAUGAUGCAACUUCGUUUGGUUUGUGAUUCUCCCUAUCUUUUCUUCUUUCCUUGGAAUGAUGAAACCAAACUCUCGGAAGAAUUGGUUGCUAACUCUUGCAAAUUACAGAUUUUGAGCCAGUUGGUCCCUCGACUAAUUAAGCAUGGCCAUAAACUACUCAUCUUUUCGCAAUUCAGUAACAUGUUGGACAUCAUUCAAGAAUACCUUACUGAAUUUUUGCAUAUAGAUUCCAGUCGUAUUGAUGGAUCGACCCGUCAGGAGGAUAGGGAAUCGCAAAUUGAUUCUUUCAACGGUUCUAAAAGUAUGAUCGAUGUCUUCUUGCUUUCUACCAGAGCUGGUGGUCUCGGUAUAAAUUUGGCUGCUGCUGAUACGGUCAUCAUAUUUGAUUCUGAUUGGAAUCCUCAAGUGGAUUUGCAAGCUAUGGACAGAGUCCAUAGAAUAGGACAAACCAGGCCUGUUGUGGUGUAUAGACUAGUUUGUGCGCAUACCAUUGAAGAAUUCUUGUUAGCUAAGGCUGAUUCUAAAAGAAGAUUAGAAAGGUUAGUUAUUCAGCUCGGAGAUUUCCAUACUCUUUUGCAGAAUCCUUCAAGUUCCGCUUUAACCAUUAAGAAAACUUCGACUUCAUCCAAUGAUGAGUUGUUGAUUGGUUUGAAGAAGUUUUUGAGUUCUAGAAAGGUUAAAACCAAAGAUAUUAAGGAUAAUAAAUUGACUGAAAAGGAGUUGGAGCAAAUUCUUGAUCGGUCACUUGAAGCUUACCGGAAGAAAGUUACCGGCGUCGACAAUACAAAUUCACACGUUUCUUUGUUCGAAACGGUAUCUACUAUGUCUUAA